AUGACCGAGGCCGACUAUUCCGUGCUAUACGAACCAUGGUCUAUCUAUAACUUUUAUAAAAAAGCGGAGUGGGUUCAUAUAUUAACACUGGUGCUCAUGCCGAUCUAUGGGCUCUCUAUGGCAUUGACAUCCGCACCAUUUCAGCAAAAGACGGCCAUCUUUGCUCUUGGUCAUGCUGUCUUCAUAGGUCUUGGAAUAACUGCAGGAUAUCAUCGCUUAUGGUCCCAUCGAUCCUACAUUGCUUCACCUUUGCUUCAAACUAUCCUCAUGAUUGCGGGCACAGGCGCUAUGCAGGGCUCCAUCCUUUGGUGGUGUCGUAAUCAUCGUGCACAUCACCGAUACACUGACACAGACAAGGAUCCUUAUGGAGCUCACAAAGGUUUGCUCUGGUCGCAUUUUCUAUGGAUGUUAGUUCGUCAGGAUCCUGCUGCUGUGGGGUGGGCAGAUAUCUCUGACUUGAGAGCCGACAAGUUGGUCAUGUUCCAGGACAAAUAUUUCUAUUGGCUUGCCCCAAUGGUUUCCUUAGGUGUCCCAACAGUAAUUGCUGGGUUAGGAUGGGGUGAUUACUGGGGUGGAUUUAUUUAUGGUGGCGUCAUACGCCAAUUCGUAGUCCAUCAAAGCACCUACUGUGUCAACUCACUCGCUCAUUGGCUUGGCGAUAAGCCAUUCGAUGAUCGCCGUACUCCAUGCGACCAUCUGUUUACAGCAUUGCUAACACUGGGUGAAGGCUAUCACAACUUUCAUCAUGAGUUCCCUCAAGAUUAUAGAAACGCUAUCAAGUUCUACCAAUUCGACCCUACAAAGUGGCUAAUUGCCUUUUGCUCGUUCAUUGGCCUUGCUUGGGACUUGAAGCGCUUUCCUUCUAAUGAGAUCAAGAAAGGUCAACUCAGGAUGCAACAAAAGAAGCUCGACAAGAUGAAAUCGACAUUGGUCUGGGGUACACCGAUUGACCAACUGCCUGUCUUUUCGUUUGACGAAUUCUGUGACAUGACUAACAAGGAAGGACGAGCUGUCACUCUGAUUGAAGGUGUCAUCUAUGACAUCUCGAGCUUCGUAGACGAGCAUCCAGGUGGACGAAGCUUGAUCUGCAGUGCCAUUGGUAAAGAUGCUACAACAUCAUUCAACGGUGGUGUGUACGAUCAUUCGAACGCAGCACGACAUUUGAUGGAGCGGAUGCGGAUAGGUGUAGUUGCUGGUGGUGGUUAUGUAGAGCAUCGAUGCAAAGAUGUAGCUGUUUCUCAUUCAAUCUAUUAA